CCUUCAGCCGCCUCCUCCUAAACGGCGGUUUGAAGAAGACGGUAGCCAAGAAAACAAACAAAAAAAAAAAAACAACGAGACAAGAACCACACAGCUGUUCGCAUGCUUUAUUUUUACAGCCGGGUGUGAGUUCAGAGACGCUUUUCAGGGCACCUGAGCUCCCCUCCUGUGUGCGCUCAUUAGGACCCGCCUGGGACGGGCAGGACGGGGCUGCGGAAGCCUCAGAAGCCUUUUUUUUUUUUUUUUUUUACUCCAGAGAGAAGCAGAAGCAGCACACUGGAUUCACGCGUCUCAAAAGGCCUCAUUGGCUUUGUGUCUUCGAGCCUGUGUCAUCCGUCUCACCAUGGACGGCCUGCUGAGCGGGGCCGGUGAAGGGGCCAGUGCCCCGCAGACUUCAUCACGUCACAGAUGCCCCUUGCUGUCUUUAUCCCUGUAUGAAUGACUGUUUUGGAAACAAUAAAGCCCCAAAUUCCUCUUAAAUUGAACAAAAGGAGCCAUGCCUCCGCUGCUGUCCCUCGGUGUCUUUGGACUGCUGCUGCCGGCGGCCUUGAUGCUCGCGGAGGACCCACCGCUGGACUGUGUCCCACGCAAAUCGGUGCCCUACCAUAGCAACAAUGCCCUUCUGUUUCGGGAGGAGAGCGUGUCCAACUACUCCACCAUGCUGCUGAGGGAAGACCUGGACUUGUUGCUGGUGGGGGCCAGAGAGAAAGUGUUCGCUCUCGACCUCAGAAACAUCUCCAAGAAUAUUACUUCAAUACCGUGGAAGGUUUCACAGAAGCAAGUGGCAGAUUGUGGUAAAAAAGGAAAAGAUGAACAGACAGAGUGCAAGAACUAUAUCAGAAUACUUCAUAAGAUGAAGGAUGGCAAAAUGUACGUGUGUGGAACCAAUGCUUUUGAUCCAGCAUGUCGCUACAUGUCUUAUGCAGACAGAAACUUGACUUUGACAGAUACUGAUGAGGAUGGCAAAGGAAAGUGUCCGUUUGAUCCGUUCCAGAGAUAUGCCUCCAUUAUGAUUGAGGAUGACCUCUACUCUGCCACGUCCAUGAACUUCCUCGGCUCUGAGCCCGUCCUGAUGCGCAGCUCUUCUAGCUCCAUACGCACCGAGAUAAAAAGCUCCUGGCUUUAUGACCCAAACUUUGUUUCCAUGGCCUGGAUGCCAGAGAGUCAGAAGAGCGAGGACGAAGACGACGACAAGGUCUACCUCUUUUUCAGCGAGACCGCCGUGGAGUUCGACUGCUUCAGCAAAGUGGCGGUGUCCCGCGUGGCCCGUGUGUGCAAGGGGGAUCUGGGAGGUCAGAGGACGCUGCAGAAGAAAUGGACAUCCUUCCUCAAAGCCAGAUUGGAUUGUCCAGUUCCAGGCUCCCUCCUGCCGUACAUUAUCCAGGACUCAUACCGCUGGUGUGACUCCUCUCUGCCCCCUGCUCACUGGAAGGAGUGCAUUUUCUACGCCGUCUUCACCGCGCAGCCGCACACGUCCAAAAUAUCUGCAGUGUGCACGUACCGCAUGCUCGACAUUCACAAAGUGUUUUCAGAAGGGAAGUACAAGACCCCGGCCAUCGUAGAAACCUCUUUUAUAAAGUGGGUGGUCUACACCGGAGAGGUCCCUCGGCCUCGGCCUGGAGCUUGCAUAAACAAAGAGGCUCUUACAAUGAAAAUAAAUCGGACCCUGGAUCUCCCAGACAAGACCCUUCAGUUCAUCCGAGACAAGCCCCUCAUGGACCAGGCAAUCGAGCCAAUAGGAGGCAGACCUGUGCUGAUCCGGAGCGGAGCCACGUUCACGCAGAUCAUCGUGACCCAAGUGCAAGCUUCGGAUGGUGAAAAAUACAAGGUCAUGUUUAUAGGCACAGACCAGGGCACUCUGCUGAAGGCUUUGGACCGCAAAGAUGGAGAGAUGUUCAUCAUAGAAGAAGUCCAACUCUUUAACUCUACUCAGCCAGUCAAGAUUCUCAAGUUUUCCAGUGAAACUGGUCAGAUUUACGUCGGCUCUGAUGUCAGUGUUGUCCAAAUAGCGCCAGCUAACUGUGAGAGGUCGUCAACCUGCGUCGACUGUGUUUUAGCCAGAGAUCCCUACUGUGGAUGGGACUCCGAGGAGAGCAAAUGUGUUUCUCUUUCCAGUUCACAGAGAGCAAUAAUCCAAGAUAUGACAGGAAACCCCUCUCUUUGCCCUCAAGAGCACGUCGAGCCCACGAAGCUGUCCUUUAGGCCUGGAGAGAAGUUUGAGCUCAAUUGUUCUUCCCCAUCCAACCUGGCAAAAAUCUCCUGGACGCGGGAUAAUUUCCCGUAUCAUCAGGACAGAGUAUUCAUCCCAAGCUUCUCAGCUAGCGACGAGGGUCUUUACCGCUGCUUGUCUGUGGAGAAAUCCAAAAGUGGCGACCAUACGACCACUGUAGCUUAUUACUCGGUCAGCGUCGACUCCAGAGACUUACGCACGAUUGAUACUGUAGAUCCUCAGGCUCGGACCGCCGGUUCAACUAACGCUGGACUGAUAGUUGUAAUCGUCCUGCUUGCUGUUUUUAUCCUACUUCUUCUAACCUGGAGGUUUUGUAAGCGCUACCUGCCUUGCAAAUUGGGAAAAGAGCCGCAGCGGAACCAGGAGACCUCGAUGAGGAACGGUAAUGGUUAGAGCAAGGAGCGCACCGUGUGAUUCAGCGGAGCAUGACGCACCACAAGCUCUCCUGUCUGAGCAGUGCAUUAAUGAUGAGUCGGCUAUUCCAACACGACUAACAUGUUACUACACUGAUAAAAAAAAAAUUAUUUGGAAUAACUCAGUGUAAAAAUAUAUAUAUAUUUUUAAGGGAGUAAGGUAAAAUACGACACAUUUCUUGAAGUUUUUCAGCAACACUUUUAUUGCCUUGAUUGUUAUAAAAUAAAUAAAUGGGGGGAAAAAAAACAUGAUAAAAGCCUGAAACAGCCGUAUGAAAACCUGUAAAAAAAUACAGUCUAAUUUUCUAAACUCUUUAUUAGUUGUAAAAAUCUGCUGUUGUGUUUUUAGUAGGAGGGUGUAUUUGUAUUCUCACAGUGUUUUGUUUCGGCGUCUCGGGCUGAUGAUUUGUAGGGUUUAAGGAUUACGGGGCCAAACAUUCAGCUUUUGCUUCUUGAUGUUGUCAAUUGUGGAUUUAGAGUUGUCUUUAAAAUUGUGCUCCUGUGUUAAAAGAGGUUGUUUGUCUCUCGUCUGUCGGGAUUCAUUUUGCGAUGUCAGAAUAAAACCCAUUCUGCUAUUUUACUAACGUAGUGAUCCAGUUGGACUCAAACCCUUCCGUUAAAACCAACGAGACAUCAGCCCUAUGUUUACGGAUUAAGAGCAGUUAUCCUGCUAACAUUUGUUGUCUGUAAGAUUACAAGUUUCUAUAUUUCUUUAACUUUGAAAUUGUAAGGGAGGGGGGGGGGAUAGUAGUACACAAAUCUGGCUAAAGAUGCUGACAGGAGUGUUUCUGCUUUAGCUUAAGGCCUUGUGAAAAAUUGUCAUAAUUUAUGGCAGAACUGUUUGCGCCGUAGGGUAAGUAUUUGCUGCAUGCUACUGUAUAAUCAGUUUUACUGUGAUGCUCCAAGACAUUUGCUUUUAUUCAAUUACACUUUCUAAGCAGUAGCUCUUAAAAAACCUUGGUCAGCUGACCUGAUCGAUGCAGGAGGCUUUUACAGAAAGCUCAUAUCUUUCUUUUUGUUUGUUUGUUUUAUUUCUAAUUGGCACAAGUUAAAUGCUUUUGUGUUGUUUUGUGUGCAAAAUGUUCUACUUUUCCACAGUCCCGAUGAUUCUUCAGUUUUUUUUUUUUUUUUUUUACUGUAAAUGUAAUUGAGCCACUUUGUUCCCUGUUGCCAUCUGGAAAGAGUUUAUUCUUUUGAAAUAAAGUUUUUUAUUUUUGAAUUAAAAAAAA